GUGCCGAUCGGUAUGUGUGGGAAGAAAUGUUGGUUGAUGAUCUGAUAAAGUGUUCAGCAAGUGGAAUACCUGAAAAUCAAGUUUCCAUGGACUCGUUGAUUUACUUCUGGAAUUUUUGGAAGGAUAAAAUUGCUCACAUAUUUGAAUAUCUCAGAUGCCUUGAAACCCAGGAAGUUAGUAAAUACAAAAGUUAUGGAGAGUUUUGCUUGAAUUACUUAGGAGUUUGGACAAUGGAUCUUAAUCAGAGUCCAGUUUAUGGUUUACUGAUUCCUGAUGCUGAUUGGGUUCGUGGUUUGAACAAAAGAUAUUUUGGAAAUCAAGGGAAAUUGAUCUCCGUUGAUGCUCGCCAGCUUGCUUCAGCCGCUAGAAAUUAUUGGAGUUCAAAAUUGCUCUCUGUUGGCAUGAAGGUUUUGGACAAGCUGAAAGUGCUCUACAAGUUUCCCGUCAAUAAUGCUGAGUCAGUGUUCUGUCAAAGCAGGUGCGUUACCUAUAUCUAUGAUGUCUCGGUGUAUCUUUUGCAAUCAAAAUGUUUGAACUUAAAUGAUGCCAAGAGAUUGCACAAAUUUAUAACAUUUUCGAUCGAAAUUAUUGUUCCUUUGGUAUUUCCUUUGGAUUGGAGGAAUUCAUUGAGGGAGAAUAUGAUUUCUCUUCGAAGAACUGAUGCUUCAAAGAAUAUGCUGAAACAAGUAAUUCAGGAGUUAACCAGAUCGAAGAAUGAGUUAUCUUUUGGGAAAAUUGGGAAACUUGUAAUGGUCAUUCUGGGGACUGGUAAGCUUACUAAUGAGCUGUAUGAGAAGCUUGUGAGAAAACUUAGCUGCAACCUGCCAUGGCAGGCUUUCAUCAAGAAUCUCUAUGGGAAUAUUGAACGUGGAAACACCGGUCAAGAACCGAAAGAGGUGUAUGUAAUGUUGAGGUUCCAUGAAGCUUUAGCUGAAACUUAUUAUGUGAACUGGAGGGCUGUGAAGGAUUAUGUAACACCUGGUUGCUUUUUAUACCUUGUAGAGCGCCUUCUGCUAUGGGCAACUUGCUUUCGGGGUUAUGCUAUCACUACAAGUUCUUGUUUUACCGAGUGGCUUAUAUACCAAGGGGAAGAUACCAGCUUAAGUUUGAGGGGGGCUGAUGUUCGACCAUCUUUGGAUGGCAUCUGUUGUUUUGUGAUUGAUGUGGCUCGGGAGUGCAUUUUCAAUAAGGGGGAUAUGGUUGAAUGGAUUACAAAGUCCAUCGAAGAUUGGAAGAACUGCUAUUCACUACUCAUGUUGAGAUUGGUCGUCUUGUUAUGCUUGGUUUAUGUGAAUCGUGGUAGUGGUCUAAAUUUACUCCGUGAGUUGGUGGAGAGGGAAGAUAUCACUGAACUGCUGCCGCUGGAGUUUUAUGACACCCUCAAAAGCAGGAGCCGCCGCAAAUCUGUUUGGUUAGAUGUGAAUGUGCUCGCGGCAGCUCUUAAGAAGGUCGGUAACACGUUAGUAAUAGCAAGUUUUGGGACCAAUUCGGGGUUGUUGUGUUCAGAUGCUGUCUUUGUUGACAUGAAGGCCAACCAGUCUAGGGAUGACAUAUUGAGAAAAUUGUUUCCUAAACCACCGGUCCUAAAAGCUUUGCAAGCUGGAUCUUGCAGUCGUGUGCUUUGUGCAACCAAUUCUGAGGAGGGGAAGACUGGCGCUGCAUUAGAUAAGCCACGCGACACUGGGGAAAGUCGCACUAUAUUGUGAAUCCAACAAGUCUCCAAAGUCUCCGCAAACUGAUGUUGCUUCUGUACCGAGUGCGACCAGGGACGGUCAAACUAUAGGCGAGGAGAAUCGCAUAUGGGAUGAGUCAAAUAUGUUGGCUGAUGCGGCUUCUGCUUCCCAAUGCACCGGAAACAAGGGGAAGACAGAACAAGAACAAGAUGGGCGGAAAGUAGCCCUUUAGACAUUAUAUAUAUGCAAUGUGAAUUUUGUUUUGGUGUGCAAGAACUUGAUGGCUCCUUUUAUGAUUAUUGUUUUUAACAUUUCAUUACAUGUUGCGAUGUUAGCUUUGACUAGAUAGAGUUGGUUGAAAAUGAAGACUCUAAUCACUAGGGCAAUCUGCUACUUUCAAAUAUUACAAUCCAAAACUUUCAAAUAUUCUCCAUUAUAUGAAACAAAACUUCUCCAAA